AUGUACGUGUGGUGUUCUCAGUUUAUAAAGGAGCUGGUGAACACAACAUGUCUGCACAGAUACAAUGUCUCAUUGGAGCAGUGGCAGCUCUCCCUCAUCUGGUCUUUCAUGGUGUCCAUUUACUGCAUCGGGGGGUUACUUGGAGGGGUUAUGGCCGGUUCACUUCUUUCAAGAUUUGGGAGAAAACAAUGCCUUUUGUUAAACAAUGUUGUGGCCAUAGUUGGAGCUGUGUUGAUGAUCUGUAGCCGAACAGCUGUGUCCUUUGAGAUGAUCAUGGUGGGACGAUUUCUCUACGGCAUUAAUUCAGGACUUGGUCUCUUCGCUCAAGCCUUGUACCUCGUUGAGUGCGCCCCCAAGAGGCUGCGAGGAAUGGUGGGUGUGACCGUGGGUACCUUCAUGUCCCUGGGGAAAUUUGGUGGUCAGCUGCUGGGGAUCAGUGAGCUGCUUGGGACUCAUGAGAGAUGGCCGUGGCUUCUUGGUUUUAAUGGUUUCACUGCGUUAGUCCAGCUCUCCACCCUGCCCUUCCUGCCUGAGUCUCCAAGCUUUCUGCUGCUGGACAGAGGAGACCGCCAGGCCUGUGAGAAAGCUCUGAGGAGACUGUGGGGCAACAAGGACCACAGCAUGAAGGUGGAGGAGAUGUUACAGGAAAAAGCUGCCUUGCAGAGCGUUCGUAACCACUCAGUGUUGGAGCUGAUUCAGGACAAAACACUGCGAUGGCAGCUCAUCACCAUCUUUGUUGUUUUCUGUGCAGUGCAGCUCUGUGGCACCAAUGCUGUGUAUUUUUAUUCUUUUGAUGUGUUUCGUGCGGCAGGAAUCCAACCACACCAGCUACGUUACGCAGCCUUGGGAACAGGGCUGUGUGAGCUGUGCACCUCCUUAGCCUGUUUCAUGAUUAUUGAGAAGACCGGCAAAAAAGUCCUUCUGUUCAGAGGAUACAUUGGAAUGGCUUUAACACUGAUCCUCCUCACCAUCACUCUGUACCUACAAACUCAUAUUUCCUGGAUGCCAUACUGCAGUGUGUUCUUCAUUUUUAUUUUUAUUUUCUUUUUUGCUAGUGGACCAGCUGGAGCAACACCUCCUCUUCCAGGGGAAAUUUUAACUCAGUCGUACAAAUCAGCUGGAUACACCAUCGCCUGCUCACUCAACUGGUCGGGCCUGUUUGUGCUAGGGAUGAUCUUCCCUAUCCUAGUGGAGCAACUGGAUUAUUUCUGUUUCCUUAUAUUUCUCUUUUUCUGCACUGUCUGCGGGCUGUUUGUGAGGUUCAAUGUUCCUGAGACCAAGAAUCUGACCGCACUGGAGAUAGCUGCAGAGUUUAAGAGGAUGCACAGAGAUUCUGGAGAAUCACAGAAGAAUAAAUCAACUGAGCAUAACAGAAUCACUAUCAACGACACCAAACUCUGAGGUCACAGAGCAAACAUUUAACUUCAAGAUGUCUCUUCUCAUCACACUGAGGAGACUUCAACUGUUCAUUGUAACUCAGGGAGAAAGUCAAGCUGUAGUCACACAGGCCGUCUGUCAGUUUUACUUAGUCUUAUACACUGGAGCAAAACAAUAA